AUGGAGUACACAGUUGGAAUAUUGUGGGUGACAUGGGCUUUGGGAACACUACCUCUAAUGGGGCUGGCUUUGUGGUUCUGGAACGAUAUUCGAUAUUGCUUUCCUCACCGCAAGUCGACACUCCCACCUGGCCAUAUGGGUCUUCCGAUCAUAGGGGAGAUGCUCAACUUCCUUUGGUAUUUCAAAGUCAUUUGUCGCCCCGACGACUUCAUUAAUGCCAAGCGACAAAAGCAUGGUAAAGGAGAGGAGAUGUUUAGAAGUCACUUGUUUGGUUCACCCUCGAUCAUAGUGUGCUCACCAUCUAUGAGCAAGUUUGUACUCCAAUCUUCGGAUGAUCUUUUCAAGAUGGCCUGGCCAUCCAUUGAGAUCAUAGGACACAAGUCUUUGGUUUCGGUUCAUGGAAUCGCACACAUGAGAUUAAGGAAUUUUAUACUUAAAAUUGUCAAUCAACCGCAAUCCCUCCGACAUACCGCUAGUUUGGUGCAGCCACGCAUUGUCAAAACCCUAGAAUUAUGGGCACAUAAGGGCAGAGUUAUUGCCUCUCAUGAAAUCAGAAAGGUAACAUUUGAAAAUAUUGGAAAGUUCUUUGCGGGUUUUGAGCCCGGGCAUACAAUGGAUUCAUUAGCAAAAUUCUAUGAGGGGGUCAUAAAAGGAUUUAGGGCUACUCCUUUAGAUUUUCCUGGAACCGCUUAUCGUCACGCCCUACAGAGUAGAAAAAAGGUGAUAGCAAUAUUCAGGGAUGAAAUGGAGAAGAGAAGGGAGAAUAAGGAGUAUGCGAUGAGCAAAAAGAACGAUGUUUUGAAUGGGUUGAUGGAAUUGAAAGAUGAAGAUGGGAACAACCUAGAUGAAAUUGAAAUACUUGACAAUAUUCUUAGCCUUGUGGUUGCAGGAUAUGAAUCUACAUCUCUAUCAAUAAUGUGGGCUAUUUACAACCUCGCAAAAUACCCCGAUGUCCUCGAAAAAGUUCGGGAGGAGAAUAUGAAACUUAGGAAAAGAAAGAAUGGGCAGUUCAUUACUAGUGAUGAUAUUGCUAAUGAAUUGAAAUAUACAAAUAAUGUGGUGGAAGAAACUAUUCGAGUGGCUAAUGUAUCAGCAUUUGUGUUUCGGACUGUCUCAGAAGAUAUCAUAUACAAAGGCUAUAAGAUUCCAAAAGAUUGGAAACUCAUAGUAUGGUCAAGAUAUAUUCAUACAAAUCCUGAAUAUUAUGAAGAUCCAAUGUGCUUCAAUCCAGAUAGAUGGAAUAAACCGUCAAUACCCGGAACAAAUCAAGUAUUCGGGAUGGGCCCUAGAACUUGUGCUGGGAACAUGUUGGCUCGUUUGCAAGUCGCCAUAUUUAUUCAUCAUCUAGCCGUUGGAUACGAGUGGAAACUAGUGAAUCCAGACGCGAAAAUAAUUUAUCUUCCACACCCGAAACUCGCUGAUGGAGUCGAGAUUCAUUUCACUCGACUUGAGUCUAAGUAG